GGAACGAAGAUUCCGGGGACGUCAAGGAUGAUGAGGCGAUGCAAGUAGAUCGCCCGGACGAUGAUGCAGUGGAGAAGAACGACGACAAGGAGGAUAAGAUGGAAGAGGACAGUGACAACAACAAGGGAGGGGCCAGCGACUCAGAGGAAGGCAACGAUGCUGAUCCGGAGGCGAAGGAGAGCGGAGCCCUUGCAAUGAGGAACAAGCUACAUAAGAUCGUAGACGCGAAGGAUGUUGACCUGGCGAGCGCCUACAACAUCCUGGACGCCCUACAGAACAUGUGGGACUCGGUCAGCGUGAGGGACAUCGUGAUCGGAGAGUACAAGAGCUUGGGAAUGCUCGUGCGGCGCCUGAGGAAGCAUGAGGACGAACAGAUGCAGAAGAAAGCUGGGAUCUUACACACACGCUAUCACGAGAGGGUGACGACCGAGUAUGAGGCGCUGAUGGCGAAGAUGAAUUCGAAGAAGAGGAAGAGCAAACCAAAAGACACAGAGAGCAAGAGAAAGAAGAAGAAGAGACCCGAAGAUGACAUCAUCGACGAUGGAUCUGAGGAGGAAAGAAGUGAGACUAAGAAGCGCAAGAAGAGCAAGCGAAAGGAAAAGAGCAAAGAGAAAGAUGAAUCAGAAAAGAAGAGAAAAAGGAAGGACAAGGAGAGUAAGAAGAAACGCAAGAGGAAACAAAAAGAAUCCUCUUCCGAAGAGGAGAAAGUCUCGGAGGAGGAAGAGGAAGAGGAAGAGGAGCAAAUUGAGAAACAGUCAGAGGAUGAGAAAAGCGAGGAAGACGAAAAGAAGAAAGGGAAAGAGGAUGAGGAGGAGGAGAAGGAAGAGGAGAAGGAGGACGAACAGAACGGCAAAGGAGAUGUCGAAGAAGUGGAAGGGCAGUUGAAGGCGAAGAUCAAGCAAUGCAUCCGAGAUCUCAUUGUGGAAAAAGACGGAAUCACAAAUCUUACCCGCCGCAUGUGCAAGGAGCGGAUCUCGAAGGAAUUUGGACUUCAAGUCCUGGAGGACAACGUGGACAUGAUCAAACAAUCUAUCGAGGAAGUUCGAACUGAAUUCAUCGACCCUGAGGACGCUGCAUGAGCUAGAAAUAGGAGGAGCAGGAGGAGGGAGGACAAACAAACUUGUGCUUCUUCACUUUACAGAAAUCAAACAAGUCAUCAAGUUAUAAAGAAUGAACGUUGGAAACUGAC